AUGGAAUGGGUUUGUCCCGAGUGUCAGGGUAUGUACCACACAUUUCCAUGAAAAUCAGUAUCAGACAACCAAACAAGGAACACAAUAUUAAAAUGUCUUUAAUAUCAACAUUUAUUAAGACACAACACUAUUAAUUUGCAGAUGAAGAGGUCUUAUACUGUUUAUGUAACCAAGGCGAGUAUGGCCUGAUGGUUGGCUGCGAUGGAGCAGAAUGUAGCGUAGAGUGGUUCCAUCUUCAGUGCGUGGGUCUUAAGGGGAAACCCAAAGCAAAGAAGUGGUUCUGCCCUCUGUGCAAUUGA